AUGUGCGCGUUUUAUAAACAACAACAAUGUGAGGAUAGUGACAAAAACUUGAAAUCCGUUAUUAAAGAAAUCGUGGAAGAAAUUAUAGAACAAACAAAUUGCAUUAUUUUUGUUACCGAUUCUGUUUAUCGAAACCUUGUAGAUAUUAAAGGCAAUAAAGGUUCCUCAACUAUAUCCAAGUAUGAGAUUUUAUUACGCGAUAAUGAAGAAUUUUUGCGACCAAGGAGACGAAUUAAAAGAAUUUUGAUCGAUGGUAAAAAUGUUGAUUGUAGCGCAUAUGUUAUACUAAUCGCUAAUGGAUUAUUAACAUCGGAAUUUUUACAAUACACAGAAAGAGAACGUUUAAUUAAUACACGUGGAUUAUUUUUACUAUUAUAUGAUUCACGUUUAUUUCAACCAAAUUUAUAUUACCUCUGGAAUAGGAUAAUUAAUGUGAUUUUUAUUCGCCGAUACAAUGCAUACAAGUAUCGUUCUGGUGAGAAAGCUUUCAAAGAAAGAAUUGAUUUGGAUACCAUCUAUUUCCCUGCUCAGAGAAGAAUAUUUACCGCAACAAAGUAUUUAGAUACUUGGUACCAAGGCAAAUUACGUUAUGGUAUCAACCAUUUUAAAGAAAAAACUAUCAACUUACAAAAAAAGCACUUACAAAUUGCUAUAUUUGAACAUAUUCCAGCAGUAACAAAACAAUGGAGAACAUAUUAUAACAAAUCACCAAGUAACAAGAUAGAAGCUUUAGGAAUAGAAUUUGAGUUAAUACAGAUCAUAUCAAAAGCAAUGAACUUCAAACCAAAAUAUUAUAUGCCACAUAAUAUAGCUUUGGAAAGAUGGGGCUCUAAAGAUAAUAAUCAAACUCACACUGGACUUAUAAGCGAAGCUGUACAAGGAAAAGCUGCAUUUUAUUUAGGUGAUUUACAUUAUACCUUGCAUCACCUGGAUUAUUUUGAUCUCACUAUCCCGUACAAUACUGAAUGUCUUACUUUUCUAACACCAGAAUCAUUAACUGAAAAUUCAUGGAAACUUCUAACACUUCCAUUUAAAUUUUAUACCUGGAUGGCUCUUGUGCUCACUUUAAUUUUAGGAGGUGCUGUAUUUUAUUUUUUGUCACUAUCUUAUAAAAAGCAUAUAAGUUUAUACAAAAAUCAAAUACAUAUUCAAAAUGCAUCUAUGAAGACAGGAAUAAAAGGAUUAUACUUAUUUACUGAAAUAGGAAAUAGUAUUUUACAUACUUAUAGCAUGCUAUUUCAAGUUUCUCUACCAAACUUGCCAAGCCCUUGGGCUAUACGAGUAUUAAUUGGAUGGUGGUGGAUUUAUAGUAUUUUAGUUGCAGUUGCUUAUCGAGCUAGCAUGACUGCAAUCCUAGCAAAUCCAGUUGCCAGAGUCACUAUUGAUACACUAGCACAAUUAGCAAAAAGUUCUAUAGAAGUUGGAGGCUGGAAUAACGAAAGUAAAGAUUUUUUCUUAAAAUCUUCAGACCUUAGUAGCCAAGAAAUUGGUAACAAAUAUAAAUUAAUUGAACACGAAGAUGAAGCUAUUGAGAAAGUAGCAAAUGGUUCUUUUUGUUAUUAUGAGAAUUCUUAUUUACUUCAACAUGCUCGUGUGAAAAGACAGAUAUUUGAAGAACAAAGGGAAAGUAAAACUACAGAGGACAUAUCAUCAAAGCAUAAUUUACAUAUUAUGGAAGAAUGUGUCAUAAAUAUGCCAGUAGCUCUUGGUAUGGAAAAAAAUUCACCAUUGAAACCACAAGUUGAUACAUUGAUAAGACGUAUAAUAGAAAUUGGAUUAGUUGAAAAAUGGUUAAGUGAUGUUAUGGAAUGGUCAAAAAUUAUGGAAAUACGACAAGAAGCAGAGUCAGAAAAAGCACUUGUUAAUCUUCAUAAAUUACAAGGUGCAUUUAUUGCUGUUAUAGUUGGUUAUCUAUUAGCUUUUAUAAUUUUAAUAGGUGAAAUUUUAUAUUGGAAACAUAUUGUGUCAAAAGAUCCAAAAUUUGACAAAUAUCAUUUAGAUAUAUUUUAUAAUAAUACUAAUAACUCUAAAAUAUAA